AUGUUCGCGCACUUUUACAAAUUGAAAGUCCACAUCCGCACUCACACUGGCGAAAGGCCAUACAAAUGUAAUGUCUGUGACAAAUCCUUCUAUUCAUCAAGCAAUCUGGCAGAACACUCGAAAACUCACAAUGAGGAUCAAAAGCAUCAGUGUCCUCAUUGUUCAUCAAUGUUAUCUAAUUUAAAGAUUCAUAUCCGCACACAUACCGGCGAAAAGCCAUACCAGUGUAAAGUUUGUGACAAAGUCUUCCAUUCAUCAAGUAGUCUGGCAGAGCAUUCAAAAAUUCACAAUAAGGAUCAACAGCAUCAGUCCAUACAAAUGUACUGUCUGUGA